GUGAGCCGUCUGUGUGUCUCUCAUGAUGUUUGUGGUGUUACACGUCUGCGUGUUGGUGGCGGUUUGUUCUUUGAGUGUUUGCGCCUCUCAGUCCUCGUCUUACAGAGAGCGAGGCUCUGAUCUCGGUCUGCAGGUGUUUUUGCGUGUGGUCCAGGACAAACCGCAGGAGAAUGUGGUCAUGUCUCCUCACGGCGUGGCCUCUGUCCUGGACAUGCUGCUCCCGGGGGCCCACGGAAACACUCGCCGCCAGCUACUCACAGGCCUCAAGUACAAGAAGACCGGUACAUAUAAGUUGUUGCGGAAGUUGCAUAAGGCCCUGACGACCAAAUCCAAUGCCGAUGUUGUGACGAUCGCCAAUGCACUGUUCCCCAAUAAGGACUUCAUCAUGAAAGAAGACUUCCUGACAGCCAUCAGAGAGAACUUGAUGUGUGAAAGUCAAGCCAUUGACUACAGCGACCCAGAGAAGGCUGCAGAAACCAUCAAUACAUGGGUGAAGAACAGCACUAAAGGUCAAAUUCCUAGUCUGGUCAAGGCAGAUAUGUUUGAUCCGGCUUUGACUCGGUUGGUGGCUGUGAAUUCCAUUUACUUCAAAGGCCUCUGGAAGUCGCGCUUCCAAGCCCAGAACACCAAACCCAGAAGCUUCACUGCAGGAGACGGGAAGACAUACAAGGUCCCCAUGAUGUCCCAGCUCUCUGUCUUUAACAUAGGUCAAGCAAGCACUCCACAAGGUUUGAAGUAUACAGUGAUCGAGCUGCCUUAUCAUGGCAACAGCAUGAGCAUGUUUAUUGCGUUGCCGUCAGAAAAGGCCAAGCCCCUGUCAGCUAUUUUGCCGCACAUCUCCACAGCGACCGUCCUAAGCUGGACUAAAAUGCUGGGCCAGAGGAGGAUGCGCCUGCUGAUGCCAAAAUUCACAGCUGAGGAGGAGGUAGAUUUGGAGGGUCCUCUCACAGCGAUGGGAAUCAAAGACAUCUUCAUUCAGAACAAAGCUGAUUUCAGACACCUGAGUUCAGAGUCGGUCUAUGUGUCCAAAGCUCUUCAGAAAGCCAAAAUAGAGGUCAAUGAGGAGGGAACCAGAGCCUCUGCCGCCACCACUGCGAUCUUGUACGCCCGAUCUUCUCCUCCAUUGGUGAGUGUGGACAGACCGUUCCUGUUUCUCAUCAGACACAAUCCUACAGGAACUAUUUUGUUUGCUGGCCAGAUCAACAAACCUUGAGCUAGAGAACCGAGGAGAUUCGAUCAGUGGUCAACACACACACACACACACACACAGACACAGAUGAAUAUAUUAAACUUUUGUCUUGGACUGUGUGUCCUUUACUAAA